AUGUGUUUUGAUUGUCAGGCUAAAAAUCCAUCUUGGUCGAGUGUUACCUUCGGUAUAUAUCUCUGCCUUGAUUGCUCUUCUGUUCAUAGAAACCUUGGAGUUCACAUUAGUUUCGUCAGAUCGAUAGCACUAGAUUCAUGGACAUGGGAUCAAUUACGAAUCAUGAAAGUGGGUGGAAAUGCUGCCGCGUUAGAUUAUUUCUCAAAAUAUGGCGGUUCUACUUCGGUAAACAACAAGGACGGGAAAUUAAAAUAUACUUCACGCGUUGCCCUAAAAUACAAGGAUGAACUUGUUAAAAGAGCUAAAGAAGAUGCCAAAAAUAAUAUUGUUUUCGUAGUUGUCGAACAAAUUGAAGAAGAACAGACGACUUCCACAAUAUCAAAUAAAAAUGAUAAUUUUUUUGAAUCAUUUGAACAAGAAACCGCAAAAAAUUCUCCGCCAUCUACAAAGAACGUGACUGGAACCAAUCAUUCAUCUACUUCUAAUGGUCAUACUAUUUUGAAAACAUCAACAACUAAAUCAAAUAUUUCAACUCGCGGAAAAGGUCCUAAAAAAUCAAAACUAGGUUUAGGUGCCGUAAAGCUUCAAAAGGUUGAUAUUGCGGAAGUUGAACAAAAAGCCAAGGAGGAAGCAGAAUUAAUUAAACAACUACCAUCACGAAGCGAAGAACAAAUUUCAGAUGAGUCUGUUGAAAACCAAUGGACAUUUAGUUCUCGUUUGGCAUACGAUGAUGGUUCACAGUCACCAAGAGAAUCUAAGGAUCUAGGUACAAAAGAUCAAAGUGAUGAUCUUGAAAGACUUGGAAUGGGAAUUUCAAAAUUGGGAUUUGGAACUGUAUCCAGUGGUCCGAAUGAUCCGGCACAAAAGCCUUUAGAAGUCUCAUCACGUUAUACAGGAUUUGGUUCUACAGUUUCUUCUUCGGACUCAGAUUAUGCUCGCCAAAAGUUUGGCAAUCAAAGGUCUAUUUCUUCUGAUCAAUAUUUUGGUCGUAAUCAGUAUGAUCCAGAUACAUUGUCUGCUUCAUCUGACCGAUUGAGACAAUUUGAAGGUGCUAGCUCAAUAUCUUCAAGUCAAUAUUUUGGCAGAGAAGAAGAACAAAUUUCACGGCGAGAAAGUUUGGAUUUUAAUAAUAUAGAAGUAAACGCACGUGAUUUUGCUCGUAAAUUCAUCGGACAGGCGACUUCUGAUUAUGAAUCCAUAAAAUCAGUGGUAGAACGGGGUGGCGAAAAAUUAAAGGAUUAUAUCUCAGAUAUUCAAGUAUGA